UUCCCUCACUACUUUUUUUUAACCCUCCUUCGAUGUGCCCCGUUAUUGCCGUUUGUCUGAGGCGUUCAUUUCCGCACCUGCCACAGUAGAGACCAGGCGAAGGCGAGGUAGAGGAGGAGACAAGGACAUUGCGAGAGCCGGGAGAGGCAGACGGCAGAGAUAGCAGCGGCGACUCGUUUGAGAUCUUAAAGGACAAAAAUGCUGCUCUGGAUCAGAAUCGUAUUGGUCGGUCUCGUCUGCUUGUCCUUGGUGUCCUCUGGGAUGGGAUGCGGGCCGGGCAGGGGCUACGGCAGGAGAAGACACCCGAAGAAGCUGACACCUCUUGCGUACAAGCAGUUCAUCCCCAACGUGGCGGAGAAGACCCUCGGGGCAAGCGGCAGAUACGAAGGCAAGAUCACAAGAAACUCCGAGCGAUUUAAAGAACUGACUCCCAAUUAUAACACAGACAUCAUAUUCAAGGAUGAGGAGAACACCGGUGCUGACCGGCUAAUGACUCAGAGAUGUAAAGACAAGCUGAACUCUUUGGCCAUCUCAGUUAUGAAUCAGUGGCCCGGGGUGAAGCUGCGGGUCACUGAAGGCUGGGACGAGGACGGACACCACUUCGAGGAGUCGCUUCACUAUGAGGGCAGAGCCGUGGACAUCACCACCUCGGACAGAGACAAGAGCAAGUACGGCACCCUGUCCAGGCUGGCAGUGGAGGCCGGAUUCGACUGGGUCUACUACGAAUCCAAAGCCCACAUCCACUGCUCUGUGAAAGCAGAAAACUCAGUGGCAGCAAAGUCAGGCGGCUGCUUCCCAGGAUCCUCCACCGUCACCCUGCAGGACGGCACCCAGAAGGCGGUCAAAGACCUCCAGAAAGGAGACAGGAUCCUGGCAGCUGAUGACGAGGGAAACCCUGUUUACACUGACUUCAUCAUGUUCAUAGACCAAGACCCGUCGACCAGGAGGCUCUUCUACGUCAUCGAAGCCGACUCGGGCCACAAAAUCACCCUGACCGCCGCGCACCUCCUCUUCAUCAGUCACAACGGCACGGGAGAGGGGCGGAUGUCGGCGGCGUUCGCGAGCCAAAUCCGACCCGGACAAAAGGUGUUCGUGUUCGACGCCGAUCGGCUCGAGCCUGUGACCGUAAAACGGAUUUACACGCAAGAGCACGAGGGCUCCUUUGCGCCCGUGACCAUGCAAGGGAGCGUCGUGGUGGACCAGGUCCUUGCGUCCUGUUACGCAGUGAUCGAAGACCACGAGCUGGCGCACUGGGCCCUGGCACCUGUCAGACUCGCCCACUGGGUGUCCUCGUUGCUUUUUAGUUCCCAGCCUCGUGCCAGUGCGCAGAGCGACGGCGUGCACUGGUACUCCAAGAUCCUUUAUCAAUUAGGAACAUGGCUCUUGGACAGCCACUCGAUCCAUCCACUGGGGAUGUCAGUAUGCCCGAGUUGAAACUUCUUCUACAGGAGCAGAUUGAGACUGAAAUGUAGGACACGCGGACUAUUCAGUAGAUUAAAAAAUAAAAUAAGAAUAAUUAAAGAAAAAAAAAGGAACAGACAAGACAAAGGCCCCAGCGGAGUUGGGAUAUUUAUUUCACUGACUUUUCCAUGUGUCCCCUUUCAAAGAAUGAAUGGAGCCUUAAAAAGUUUCUCUUUGAAUAAUUUAUUCUCAUGUGAACUCGCUGCUGUCACACAAAUGGAUUCUGAAAACUGUGUGAGCGGCAAAUUGUGCAUAAUCUAUUUUUGUAUAUCUCAAAUGCAAAAAAAGGAAAAAGAAAAAAAGAAAAAAAGGUAAAAAAGAAAAAAAAUAUAUAUCGAAAAGAGAAAGAAGACCAUGUAGAAAGGAGCUAAAUCUGACAGGUUGUAAUGUUCAUAUGUGCAUAUAUGUGCAACUGACUGUUAUAUUUUGGGGAGAACAAACUUCGCGGGGUUCCAUAAAUUAUAUUUUUAUACACAGAAUUGUAAAUUAGAUUUUGACAGAUCGCUACCGAAUCACAUUUCGUUAUUUGAAAUAGUGUAAGAUAUGAGAAUAUAUUUUAAUUUAAAUACAGUA